UUGUAGAUGGGAGGCUCAGGCUAGAUGUGGACUUAUUUUUGUCAACAUUAUUGAUCCACGUUUCAGGAUGGAGAGUUACGUUUUUCUAGGAAAGGAAAGGAUUUUAGAAAGUGAUGCUUGUGAAAUUCGGAUUCGUUUUUUAAUGUUGUUUCUGGUUGCUUCUUCAGGGUUGAUCCCGCUGUUUUGAUCAUAUUGUCGCUUACAGUCUUUUCCUGUUUCAAUUUUAAACGGUUGUCACUAAACUUGAAUGUGUCUUGUGUGCCCGUUUGUAUACAUUCAGUGCAGGCACAGUAUCGCAUUUCCUCACCUUUGGACAGAAUAGCGAUAAACUCCUGUCUGAAAAACUUGACUUUAAGAAUCUUAAACUCUAUAACAUAAAUCACUUUUGCCAUACAACCUGUUCAAUCGGUUAUUACUGUAGUGACAAGUAGGGCUGGUUCCCUAAAAGUCCAUUAAUGAUUAUGUGUUGUUCAUUGAGUCGUAGCCUACUCAACAGUUGUCUCGUUUGAAUCACAAGUCUAUUGUUUCUUGGAUCAAUUAUGAAGGAGGCUGGCUGGAGACCAGAGUAAAUUAAUUAUGUGCCAAUAAGAGUCUCUAAACAGUGAUUAUUUGAGUUCAUGCGGAUGUUCGCAUAGCAAGCAUAUCCUGUUACGUUAACAUCAACCUUCCAAGAAAAUUGGUUACUUCAGUAACAGGGCUUUGAAGGGGAAUACUACUGACGUUGGCUUAGGUUGGAUGCUAUGGUGUAGGGGUGAAAAAUCUGUCUCUUCUAUUGACAUUAAUAUUUUGAGGGGGAUUUUUUAAGCAAACAUUCAAACUUUUACAUUGCUAAUCUCCUGUUACCUCUGGUAGGCCUAUAGGCUAUUAUCUUACCAACUUUAUUGUCAACUCUUUCCAAGAGCUCAACAAACAGGUUUCGGCUGUUGAAUCAAAAUGUUCUCAUUAACACAUUUGCUCAUUGUAGGCCACAUUUUGAUUUAAGCCCUGUAAUAUAAGUAAGUAAUGACACACUUUGUUUAACUUGCUGGAGGACUUUAUUUUGUUUUCCUUCUUCUACCAUAUGCUUACUUUCACAUGGAUACGUGUUUCAAGGACGUUCUUGUAAAGGCCUGCACCCUUGUGUCAUUCAUUAUCAGCCAUGGGAGUUGUACGUUGAGCCUUCAUUGCAUUGGCCACCUGCUGACACGUAGCUCGCGCAGGGCAGUGGCAGCAGGUGUAUAGAGGUGUGUUUCUCCCCACAACCUUUUCCUGUGGGACUGCAUUCUAGAGGGGGAAGGCGUGGAAGUCAGAUAGACGUGUUUGUCUUCAGUGCAUCGGCCCAUUCUGCAGCAUGCGUCUGUUUUUUCGACGGCGUGUGUCCCCCAUUAAGUUGGCCCUGCUGGGGGGAGCGCUGUUCAUGGUGGUGCUGGUGGUUCUCCAGUGGGACGUGAGCUCGGCUCCCACCCAGGACCGCUGGCUCCGCGACCUGGUGGAUAAGAGGGACCAAGUCCUGGGCAUGGUGCAGGAGGCGGUCAACAACCUGGGCUUCCAGAUCAGGGCUCCGUUGCGACCCAGCGUGGAGCCCCAGCCCACCCAGAACGUCCGCUGCCCGUCGGGGUUCUACAGCCAGGCUGAUCUCCGGCCUGUCCUGGAGAGACCCCCGCAGGACCCCAAGGGAUUCGGGGCUGACGGCAAGGCCUUCGUGAAGGACACCAUGAGUAAAGAGGAGGAGAGGGAGAAGGCGGAGGGCCAGACACGCCACUGUUUCAACCAGUUUGCCAGUGACCGCAUCUCACUCAGCCGUAGCCUCGGAGACGACACCAGGCCCUCAGAGUGCGUGGAGCGUAAGUUCCGUCGGUGCCCAGCGUUACCAACCACCAGUGUGAUCAUAGUGUUCCACAACGAGGCCUGGUCCACCCUCCUCAGAACCGUGUACAGCGUCCUGCACACCUCCCCCGCAAGCCUGCUCACCGAGAUCAUCAUGGUGGACGACGCCAGCACUGCAGAGCACCUGAAGAGCCAGCUGGACGAAUACGUGCGUCAGCUGAAGAUAGUCCGUGUGUUGAGGCAGCGCGAGAGGAAAGGCCUGAUCACCGCCAGGCUUCUAGGUGCCAGCGAGGCCAAGGGUGAAGUGCUGACCUUCCUAGACGCACACUGUGAGUGUUUCCACGGCUGGCUGGAGCCCCUGCUGGCCCGCAUCGUGGAGGAGCCCACAGCGGUGGUCAGUCCAGAGAUAACGUCCAUCGACAUGAACUCGUUCAGUUUCCAUAAGCCUGUGGCCAACGCUCGCUCCUACAACCGAGGCAACUUCGACUGGAGCCUCUCCUUCGGCUGGGAGAACAUCCCAGAAGACGCCAAGAAGAAACGUCCGGACGAAACCUAUCCUAUUAAGACGCCUGCUUUUGCUGGAGGUCUAUUCUCCAUUUCUCAGGAGUAUUUUGAACACAUUGGAACGUACGAUGACAAGAUGGAGAUCUGGGGUGGAGAGAACGUGGAAAUGUCUUUUAGGGUAUGGCAGUGUGGAGGCCAGCUUGAGAUCAUUCCUUGCUCAGUUGUGGGUCAUGUCUUCCGCUCCAAGAGCCCCCACACCUUCCCCAAGGGCACAGAGGUCAUCACCCGCAACCAGGUGCGCCUGGCAGAGGUCUGGAUGGACGGCUACAAGGAAAUCUUCUACCGCCGCAACGGGAAUGCUGCAAAGAUGGCCAGAAACAACAAUUAUGGAGACAUCUCUGAUCGAUUGAAACUGAGAGAGAGGCUUCAAUGUAAAAACUUCACAUGGCUUUUGGAAAACAUCUACCCAGAGAUUUUUUUGCCAGACCUACACCCGAAAAAAUUUGGAGCGAUACGAAAUGCUGGAUCCCUUUCAUGCCUGGAUGCAGGGGAAAGCAACAAGGGUGGAAAACCAGUCAUUAUGUAUACCUGUCACAACAUGGGCGGCAACCAGUACUUUGAGUAUACGUCUUCUAACGAGCUGCGGCACAACAUUGGAGAACAGUUGUGUCUCCACGCCGCGCCCGCGGGUAAGGCCAUCACUCUGGAAGUCUGCCAGCGCAAAGGAAAAGGCACCAGUAUCUCUCCUCAUCAGGAGUGGGAGUUUAUAGAGGGAAGCGUCCUGAGGAACCCAAGUAGUGGUCAGUGUUUAGAGCUCAAAGCCAGUGAGCUUAAGAUGGAGAAGUGUGACGAGGCCAACGUCCACCAGCGCUGGGAGUUCAGUUGACCUGCCUCCCAGCCAACCACUGACCUGUGGCCCACUGUCACUGAACAUCGAGGGGUCAGGAACUCGUACUUUCAGCACGUAUGAUGUAUCCUGCUGUAGAGGUUGGGCCAGUCCCCAGUGGGAACUCUGAAGAUGGACCUGGAUGGAAGCGAAGCGCUCUAUAAAUCAUCCAAGGGCCACCUUUGAUUUUAAAUGUAUUUAUGGUGGAAACUGAGCGAAUGAAGGAAAGACAAUUGGGAGAGGGUUUCUUGGUACUGACAACACAGACCUUCCAACCACAACGUGGCGCAUAAAACAACUGUCAAGAGUGCCUAUUUCACACUCCAACUUUUAAAAUCAAAGUAUAUACAUACUUUGACCGACGAUGAAUGUUUGAUUAUGUGCUGCAGUGACAAUGGAAAUGUUUUGCCAAAGGGAAUGAUUUUUUUUUUAUAAAUGUGUAUUAACUUAAAUCAUUUGUAUUUAUUUGGUAUAUUAAUUUUAUUUCUGAUCAAUUUCCUGCUUCAUAUUUAUGUGUCGCUUUCGUGUUUUUUCCUUGAAAGGUUCAUCAAAACAUUUAGACCUGCAUUACCUAACGUCCGCUGAUGACAUCACUCUUGUUCAGAAUUUGAUGGAUUCUAGAUUGGUUUGAUUACGAAGGAUAAAUUAACCUUGUUUGAUGAAUCAGGGAUGCAGAUUGACAAUUUGGUGUAGAAACGACAAAUAAAUGUAAGUGACGGCUUCAUGUGAAAGGGUAACAUGAUGCAGGUUUAAAGAAGUUUUUUUUUUUUAGCAUCAAUGUUGAUGGGACUGAUGUGUUUGACAUAUGACAAUAAAAUUGUCUACAAUGCUUCA